UCUCACCGACGUAUCGGAAGCCCGAGGGUAGUCCCAGACCAGGGAAUUCCACCUUACGCGUUUUAAAACUCACCAUUAUUUGAAAAAACAAUUGACUUAUUCGUUGAGACCGUUUUUUUAAAACUCCCCGUUUUUUGCCACCCCCCUCGAACGCGACCACUUAAACUCUUCUCACGUGAGUUAAUGAAGCUCGUUUCCAGAGUUUCCUGUGUGCCUAUGCAUCGCAAUAUCGGAUCUACGCUUACUCAAUAUUUAACGUCGGUUGUGACUAUAACUCACGCCUUCGAACAGUGUCGUUUUUCUUCUUGUGAUGAACGAAGCCGAGGGCGCGAUUCUUCCCACAGAAAUAUGGUGAUCUGAUCCACCCCCCUGUGCUCGUUUCCUCCUUUGUUUGUUUGUUGUUCGAAACUUUUUGUUUGGUGAUGAGUGUCUCCUGUGAACGACUAAAAUGAGCGCGACAGUUCGAUGCCCCUCGUAGCUAAGACUCUUCGCCGAUUUUAACUUUUAACAGUACGCUCCGUCGAGGAACUCUUCGAGUAUCGACGUACAUUCAACUUCGCUUUAAUCGAUCUCUCGAUUCUUAUUUUCUUUGUGAGUUUCUAUGCUUCUCUCUUCUCGAUUGGAGAUUUAAAACAUGAAACUGUGGAUGAUACUCGGAGCUCUCGCGGUGGCCGUCCCUGCCUUGCCCGCAGACAUUAGCCGCAACAAAAAUCGUGGACGAGGAUCUAUGUGGUGGGGGAUCGCGAAAGCGGGUGAGCCAAAUAAUCUUCUGCCAAUGUCGCCAGCCGCGAUUCACAUGGACCCAACGAUUUACGCGACACUCAGGCGGAAACAGAGGCGCCUGGCGCGCGAAAAUCCAGGUGUACUUAUGGCGGUCGCACGGGGUGCGAAUCAAGCGAUAAUGGAGUGCCAGCAUCAGUUUCGCAACAGGAGAUGGAACUGUUCGACGAAGAAUUUUCUUCGAGGCAAAAAUUUGUUCGGCAAAAUCGUCGAUCGAGGAUGCCGAGAAACUGCCUUCAUCUACGCGAUCACGAGCGCCGCGGUGACCCACAGCAUCGCGAGGGCCUGCAGCGAAGGCAGCAUCCAAUCUUGCUCCUGUGAUUACACGCACCAAUCGAGGGCACCUUCGGUCGUCAGGGACUGGGAAUGGGGCGGAUGCUCCGACAAUAUCGGCUACGGGUUCAAGUUCUCCAGGGAAUUCGUCGACACCGGCGAGAGGGGUAGAAACUUGAGGGAGAAAAUGAAUCUUCACAACAACGAAGCUGGCAGAGCGCACGUGUCGUCCGAGAUGCGACAGGAGUGCAAGUGCCACGGUAUGUCGGGUUCCUGCACCGUGAAAACGUGCUGGAUGAGGUUACCAAAUUUUCGUGCGGUCGGUGACAAUUUGAAGGAUCGUUUCGACGGAGCCUCGCGGGUGAUGGUGAGCAAUUCGGAGCGCGCCAGAGGCGGAGGUUCGAACGCGAUAUCGAGCAACUCGGCGAGUAGUAAUUCCGUGCACGGUCCUCGACGGGAGGGCUUGUCGAGGAGGCACCGUUACAAUUUUCAAUUGAAACCGUACAAUCCGGAGCACAAGCCUCCGGGCUUGAAGGAUCUCGUUUAUCUCGAGCCCUCGCCGCCGUUUUGUGAGAAAAAUCCAAAACUGGGGAUCCUCGGGACCCACGGUAGGCAGUGCAACGACACGAGCAUCGGUGUCGACGGUUGUGAUCUCAUGUGUUGUGGCAGGGGUUACAAGACCCAGGAGGUCAUCGUGGUCGAAAGAUGCGCGUGCACGUUUCACUGGUGCUGCGAGGUCAAGUGCCAAGUUUGCACGACCAAAAAGACGAUACACACGUGUCUGUGAGAAUACCAAACCAAAUAAUUCACUUUAUUCAUUCGUUACGAUUCGUCGUAUUGAAUAUUAGGCUUUUUCAUCAUUUUACAUUAUUUCUUCGCAAUGAAAAUAACACCAACGAAUCAUCGAAUCAUCCGGUUACAGUUUCUUCGCAACUUUAAACGAAAUCCUAUGAAAAAUCCUCUUUCAUUCUCAACUCGAUUAUAUCACCAACUCUCAAAUUUUAUCUCGGUUCUUCACUCAAUACUAAAACACAAUCAGUAUUAACUCGAGUUUUCAAUCAACCAAUCUUUUCGUCUAUUUAUUACGUUCAUCCUAUAACCCCCUUCAUCACGAAAGACUGAACGACUACGAGAGUUGCAAAAAUUAGCAAAUUCAUUCCAAUUUAUUACCACCACCAUCCCCACUUAUUUCAAUACUAAAUCGAUGUAAAUAACUUUUAUUUUUAUCAUCAUAUUCUCUUCCUCUCUCAUCAUGCUCACUGUCAUUGGCUCAUUUUGUAUAUAGCAGUAAGCAAAAGUAAUCCCGGUAAAUAUUAUUAUUAUUAUUAUUAUUAUUAUUAUUAUUAUUAUUAUUAGUCCAUUAUUAAUGAAAAAUAAUUUAAUUAUGACAAAAUUGCCCUUACAAUUUCAUCACGUCCAUCCCAGUUCCUCUUUGUUGCUCUCAUUUUUCCACUCUUCUCUUCCAUCCCAAUUUCGUAUGAUUAUUAAUAUUAUUAUUAUUAUUAUUUCACGAUUAUUAUUUUUUGUCAAUUAAGCUAGCAACAUUAUAAUUGUCGCCUUUGAUAGGAUCAUUAAAGUCCUGAUGAAUCUAAUUAUUAUUAUAAUUAGUAUGAUUGAGACUCCGUUUUAUUUAUUCGAAUUGAAAAAGCAUGAAAAGAUAAAUUUUCGUGCCUGUAAAUAAAUAUAAUGAAAUUGGCACCUUGCGAGAGGGUCGAUGCUCGUUGUUGUCGAAUUGUUGAAUUAUUAUUUUCAAUUUUAGUGAAUUUAUGUGAAAAGUUGAUGAGCGAGGAGUGCGGCGAUGCGAGCAAUUUCGACAAUGACGAGUUACGACUACUUCGGUGCCAUUAUGUAAAUAUAUAUAUUUUUUUUUUUUUUUUUUUUAAAUCCAUUUAUCUAUAAAUACGUCAGAGACACAAGGACGCGAGCGUAAUAAGCGAUUACGCGCGCGGACAAGUGAGAAAGCAAAUUAUUAUCGCGAGAGCAGGUGUUGAAUUAAAUUAUUUUUCUAAACGCUAUUAAGGCUAGCUCGAGCCGCCAUAUACUUCCGACUUUUUAUAUAUUAAUAUACUUGCAUAUAAAUGUUGUAUAGACAAAUAUUUUUCACGAGUAAUGAAAACGCCGUAGUCACCGGAACGAUGAAAGAAAAGUUUAUCUUAUUAUUAAUAUUAUUAUUAUUAUUAAUAUCGCGAUUAUUAAUAACAUUAUUACCAGUGAAAGUACUCAUGUGUGGUAUUUUUAAAUAUGGACAUACGCACAAUUUAUGAAUGUAUGUAAGCCUGUUUUAUAAUGUGUGUGCCUGUGUGUGCGUGGGUGCGUAUGUGCUUGGCGUGUGUGUGUAUGCGCGCGUGUAA